CGGUGAAUAUCCCUCGUUGUGUUGAAAACAAAUCUUAUUUAGUGCUUCAAAUAACAUACGACCACAUGAUCUGAACAGACAGACGAAUCAUGUUGAAUAGAAGAUAAUAAAGAAUGAAUAAUAAGGUUUGACUCGCUCGUUAAAUCUUCCAGAAAGACGAGGAGGACACACAGCGGGGAACUCGGAGCCAAAUUCACCUGUCCGUCUUCCUGUUGACUACCUUCUCAUCUGAAAUCAGCUAAAGUUUAUAAAAAUGGACAGUGAGGAUGAUCUGGAUGUUCUCACGGCGCUGCUGGCUGAGAGCGAGGGCGUCGAAGGGGAGCAAGGCAGUCGGGAGCAGGCAGACGACUUGGACGGCCUGUUCGAUGAAGACUGCGGCGAGGAGGAAGAGUAUAAAGAGAGUUUGGAGGAUGAGGAUGAGGAAAAGCCAGAUGUGGUCAUAGAAGAUGAGGCGACGGCCCUCUUUGGAGACGUGGGCGACAUUGAAACUGAGGAGGACUCCAGAAAAAAACAAAGUAGAGGAGAAACCAGCGAGGACAGAUCGAAGGAGGAGUUGCAAGACGAACUGAGACGGAUGCAGGAGCAGAUGCAGAGGUUGCAGCAGCAGUUGGAGGUCAGUCAGAAGGCUUCACCUCCGUCAGCUCCGAAGAAUGCAGACCGCUCAGCGGCGUCCAAACCAGCCGCAGCUGCACAGAAAGCCAGAACACAAACAGUAACGUCUUCCACUCCAGCCAGAGGAGGAAACAUCAAGGAGUCUUCGGACUUCACCGCUCAGCUCAACAACGCCGAUUCUUUCAAACGCAAACCCAGAGUGGCUCACCAAGCCAAACCCAGCACAUCAGCAGGAGGCAGGGGCCCGUUGGUGGAGAUCAAGCUUGGCAGCUCCUUCCUGCCUCCGGAGACUCUUGCGGUUUCCAAACCCGUGCGUCCCCCCGCGGCCCCCAGCAGCAGGCCGGCAGCAGCUUCAUUCCGGCCGCCGCCCGCCUCUCAGCCGCCGCUCCACAAAGACGUGACCGUGGAGAAAUACUCCGGACUGCGGAUCAGGAAGCCGCGGGUUUCAUCCUGCGAGAUGGACCGCAAGAUGGCGGAUCGCCGCCUGAUCAGACUGUCGCAGGUGCCGGAGCGGCUGGCCCGGGAGAAGCUGGAGGACAGCGACUGGGUGACGUUUGGCGUGCUGAUCAACAAGGCCACGCCGCAGAGCAGCAGCAGUGGCAAAACCUUCAGCAUCUGGAAGCUCAAUGACCUCCACAACCUGGACGUGAACGUGUCCCUGCUGCUGUUCGGCGACGUUCACAAAGAGCACUGGAAGACGGAGCCGGGGGCGGUGCUGGGACUGCUCAACCCCAACCCCAUGAAGCAGAGGGACGGAUACGAGGGGGUCAGCCUGACGGUGGAUCACCCGCAGAAGGUGCUGCUGAUGGGCGAGGCGCAGGACUUCGGCACCUGCAAGGCGGCGAAGAAGAACGGCGAGCCGUGCUCGCAGAUCGUCAACAUGUACGAGUGUCCGUACUGCCAGUACCACGUCAAGGCUCAGUACAAGAAGAUGAGCUCCAAGCGGGCGGAGCUGCAGUCCUCGUUCUCCGGGAAAGCCCCCAACAAGGUGCUGGCGAAGGGGAAAGGGGGCGGCGGCGGCCUGAGGGAGCGGCUGUGCCAGGACGGGUUCCACUACGGCGGCGUGUCCUCGGCCGCCUGCGCCGCCUCGCUAACUGCGUCCAAACCCAACAAACCCGUCCAGAGAACUCUGGACAAGCUGUUUGUGAAAGGAUCGGCGCAGCUCGUCAGUCAGGCCAAGAGGCUGGCCAUGCAGUCUGGUGAAGUUUCCGGAUGUUCUGACGACUUUAAGAGCCUGAUGUCGGUCCCAACGCCAGGAGCUCUGCAGCUGAAGAAGCACCUGGAGCAGGGCGGCCAAUCAGCCUCCCCGGGCGCGGCGGCGGCUCCCCUCCAGUCCAUCUCGGCCUCGGAGCUGCUGAAGCAGCAGAAGCAGAGGCAGCGGGAGCUGCUGGAGAGCCGGCGGCGCCGCGCCGAGGAGGCCCAGAAGAGGGAGAACCCGGCCGGCGGCGGCGGCCUCCUGUCCCCCAGAGCCGCCUCCGAGGCCCCCACCCACAGCCCCGCCCUGCCCCGCCCCCCGACCCUGGGCCGGGGCUUCUCCCGGGGCGAGGACAUCCUGUUCUUCGACGACAGCCCGCCUCCCGCCCCGGCGCUCAGCUCGCUCAGCCUGACGGCGUCCAAGAUGGCCGCGCUGAGGAAGCUGAAGGCCAAAGGGCUGGCGCUGGAGAAGGAGGACCCCAACGCCGUGAAGAGGAAGAGGAGCGACGACGGCGAGAUCAGCGCCCGGGUGGAGAAGAAUCGCACCUCACCCAACGGCGGAUCGUCCAGCAACGAGGAAGAGGAACCGGCCCUGAAAAAGAAGCGGGAUCAACUCCGAUACGUCCAGUCGGAGGAGUUCCAGAAGAUCCUGAACGCCAAAUCCCGGCACGACGUCGUGCUUCAGGCGGCCGAGUACCAGCUGCAGGAGCGCUACUUCGACGCUCUGGUGAAAAAAGAGCAGAUGGAGGAGAAGAUGCGGGGCGUCAGGGAGAUGAAGUGCCGGGCCGUCACCUGCAGAAAGUGCAGCUACACCUACUUCAAGCCGGCGGACCGCUGCGUGGCGGAGAACCACGACCUGCGCUGGCACGACGCUCUCAAGCGCUUCUUCCGGUGUCCGUGCGGACAGAGAGCCAUCGCUCUGGACAGGCUGCCGCACAAACACUGCAGUAACUGCGGCCUGUUUAAGUGGGAACGAGACGGGAUGCUGAAGGAGAAAGCCGGGCCUAAAAUCGGCGGCGAGCUCCUCCAGCCGCGAGGAGAGGAGCACGCCAAGUUCCUCAACAGCAUGAAGUGACUUCAUUUUAGAUUUUUUGUUGUUUGUAAUUUAAGGUUUUGGCAGGAUUUUUA